AUGAGACAAGAAACGUCGGCUGAAUUCUCUUCUGAUGAUGAUGAUGAUAUUCUCUUAGAAUUAGGCACAAGGCCACCAAGGUUCACCCAGGUACCAUCAUCAUCAGCAGCAUUACAAACGCAAAUUCCCGCAGCUUUGGCAGUUACAACAACCACUUUAAAUAAACAGGAUGAAAAAGGUACCGCAUUGGUAAAUCAACUGAAUAAAGCUCAAGGCGAAGCAAGCAUGCUUCGUGAUAAAAUAAACUUUUUGAACAUUGAAAGAGAAAAGGAGAAGAAUAUUCAAGUCGUCAAAGUGAAUGAAUUGCAAGUCAAGCAUAUUCAAGAAUUAGCUAAACUAAAACAAGAAUUACAGAAACUGGAAGAUGAAAAGAAAUUCUUACAGAUGGAAGCGAGAGGAAAACCUAAAAAGGAAGUUAUUACGGUUACAAAAACGCCAUCAACAACAUCGUCUGCAAAUACAAACACUAUAACACCAGAUUCGUCCUCAGUUGCAAUCGAAGCGAAAACUCAAUCACCGCAGUUGAAAAAACGUAAGAUAAAUGAUAGUUUGCUGAAAAAAAAUGUCGUUCCCCUAAACCCAAAUAGGAUUAUUCCCGAUGAAACAAGUUUAUUUCUAGAAUCUAUAUUACUUCAUCAAAUAAUAGGCGCAGAUCUGAGUACAAUCGAAAUAUUAAACAGAUUGAAGCUUGACUACAUUACUGAGUUUAAAUUCAAGAAUUUUGUCAUUCCUGAAGGAGCUCCUAUAGGGAAGUCCAUAGUUUCUUUGCUUUUACGAUGUAAAAAGACGUUGACCCUCGACAGAUUCAUAGAUACUUUGCUAGAAGACAUAGCUGUUCUGAUCAAGGAAAUAUCAGUUCACCCCAAUGAGUCAAAAUUGGCUGUCCCAUUUCUAGUUGCGUUAAUGUACCAUAUUAUACAAUUUCGUCCUAGUGCCACUCAUAAUUUAGCACUGAAAGAUUGCUUUCUUUUUAUUUGUGAUUUAAUAAGAAUCUAUCAUCAUGUAUUGAAAAUACCAAUACAUGAAUCAAAUAUGAAUUUGCAUGUAGAGCCUCAAAUUUUCCAAUAUGAACUAAUAGACUAUUUGAUAAUUUCAUAUUCCUUUGAUCUCUUAGAAGGUAUUUUAAGAGUACUACAAUCUCACCCUAAACAGACAUAUAUGGAAUUUUUUGAUGAAAACAUCCUGAAAUCAUUUGAAUUUGUCUACAAAUUAGCAUUAACUAUUUCAUAUAAGCCAAUGAUAAAUGUGAUAUUUAGUGCAGUCGAGGUGUUUAAUAUUAUCACUAAUAUUAUAUUAAAUAUGGAUAACCCCUCAACCCUGAAGUCCUUAAUAAGCAGCAAUUGGUGGAGAGAUUGCAUCACAAGAUUGUACGCCCUUUUGGAAAAGGAAAUUAAGAGUGGGGACGUAUAUAAUGAAAGUGCAGAUACUACAACUCUUCAUGUGUCCAAAUAUCAUGACUUUUUUGGGUUAGUCCGAAAUAUUGGUGGUAAUGAAUUGGGAGGAUUAAUAUCAAAGCUGAUUUAUACCGACCGAUUGCAAAGUAUACCGAGAGUAAUCUCUAAAGAAGAAAUCGGAAUGGAUAGCAACGAAUUUACUGCUCCUAUAAUAAGUUACAAGUUCGAAAGAUGGCUCUUGAAAUUAAAGGAUGAAGUUCUAAAUAUUUUUGAAAAUUUAUUAAUGAUUCAUGGAGACGAUGCGACCAUAAUAAAUGGAGAAAUGCUUAUCCACUCCUCUAAAUUCUUAUCCAGGGAGCAAGCAUUAAUGAUAGAAAGAUAUGUGGGACAGGAUUCGCCGAAUUUAGACCUUAGAUGCCAUCUUAUUGAACAUACUUUAACCAUAAUAUAUAGAUUAUGGAAAGACCAUUUCAAACAGUUACGUGAAGAACAGAUUAAGCAGGUGGAAAGCCAAUUGAUCAUGUCACUAUGGAGGUUUCUCGUAUGCCAAACCGAGACUGUGACAGCGAACGAAAGAGAAAUGAGAGAUCAUCGACAUCUUGUAGAUAGUUUGCAUGAUCUGACAAUAAAGGAUCAAGCUUCCUAUUACCAAGACGCCUUUGAGGAUCUACCAGAAUACAUCGAAGAAGAAUUGAAGAUGGAACUAAACAAAAGAACUGGAAGGAUAAUGCAAGUAAAGUACGAUGAAAAAUUUCAAGAAAUGGCAAGAACCAUUCUUGAGUCAAAAUCAUUCGAUCUAACCACGCUAGAAGAGGCCGAUUCAUUAUAUAUCUCGAUGGGACUGUAA